GUUUUGGUUCAGUCAUUGGAGGGAUAUCUGGACUUGCCAUUGCCUGUAUUCUUAUGGCAGUUCUGAUUAUGGUUUUAAGAAUGCGCAGUUUACAGGAAGAAAAAAGAGAACAAUUUGAAAAAUCUAAACAUUCCGAGACUGGAGCUGAUGGGACAGAUUCCAUUGAUUCAAAAUCUCGGUCCUCAACCAAACACCAAAGAAGUAAACACAAAGAUAGUGGAAAUCGCAUACAUUCUACACGCAAGAAGAAAGUUGAAGAUGCUGAUGUCGAUGAAGAUGAGUUAAUACACUCGGAGAAUCCCUAUGGGGACCUUUACGCAAAUGAAACAACAAUUCGAGAUAUACCUCUUAAUCAGUUGGAGUCUGUUAUAGUUGAAAAAAGAAAAAAUAAAGACGACGGGUUUCAGAGAGAAUAUGCGACAUUGCCAUACGGGGAACUAUACAAGUGUGACGCUGGAAAGAGAGAGGAAAAUGUGAUUAAAAAUAGAUAUAAAAUUACAUUUCCCUAUGACCAUUCUAGAGUUAUAUUAAGAACGGAAUCAGGAUCCGACUACAUCAAUGCAAACUAUAUUGAGGGUGCAGAGAGAGAAAGAGAGUAUAUCGCAGCACAAGGCCCAAAGCCGAAUACACUUGACGAUUUUUGGGAGAUGGUUUGGCAAGAAAAUGUGUUCUCCAUUGUCAUGCUGACAAACUUGAAAGAAGGAACUAAAGUCAAAUGCCAUCAGUAUUGGCCGGAUGCAAAUAAGAACGUCAACUACGGUUCGGUGUCUGUGAAAUUGAUGGAGGAAAAAGAAUACGCAUUCUACAUCGUACGAAAGAUGACAGCAAGGCACAGUGAAUCGAAGGAAUCACGAACGGUGACUCAGUACCAUUACACGGCGUGGCCAGACCAUGGAACACCGGAACCUCUAUGUCUUGUUGUCUUUCUUGAUCACGUGACAAGAAUUGGAUCAAGUCAGAAUGACUCUCCAACAAUUGUACACUGCAGUGCGGGGAUAGGUAGAACGGGGACGUAUAUAGCUUUGGAUGCUUUGGAACGAAUAGGUCGUAAAAGAAAGAAAGUCAACGUAGCAGAAUAUGUCAAGAAAAUGAGGGAAAACAGGAUGAAUAUGGUCCAAACCUACGAACAGUACAUGACGGUUUUUCUUGCUUUGAAUGAAAUAUUUAAGUCGCCAGUUAACAUCAACACUAUAGAAGACUUUUCCAAAAAAGUCGGGAAUAUGACGAGUGAUGAACCAGCCAAUCAGAGUACUUUACGAAAAGAAUUUCAGCUUUUGAUGAAGAUAAGACCUGUGUACACUGACACUGACUUUAUGAUUGCCAAAGAAAUUUGUAAGGAUGGACUUUUGACAGGUGUAUUGCCUUUGGAUAAAUACAGUGUACAUCUUUCAACUCCAGUUCAGAAUCGAGGAAGUUUCAUCAAUGCCAUAUAUGUACCAUCAUUUACCAACAGUAGAGCAUUUAUUGUAACGCAGUAUCCUCCAGCAGAGGACGCUGUUGACUUCCUGCGCCUGCUCGGUGACCAAAAGUCGGACACUGUCAUCUGUUUGGAUCCGCUGGAUGGGAUUGAAUCGAGUAAGGAGUGGCUACCGGAUCAAUCCCCCAAAACAGUUCCUCCCUUCACCAUCCAGUUUCAAUUAAAAAAUGAAACUGAUGUCAGAAGCACCAUCCUUCACAUUCGGCAGAAAAAUGGUAAGAAGUCUCAUUUGGUGACAGUUAUAGAACCCAAGUUUAGAAUCAAAACUUCCGAAAGUCCUCUGGAUACUUCUCAGCUUCGAAGUCUGGUUUCCGUCGCUCUAAGCGUGAAGACAGGAAAUCCUAUGAUCAUUGUCAGCAGCGACGGAGCUUCUCUUUGUGGUGCUUUCUGUGCAGUUCAUAACGUGGUACAGCAAAUUAACAUGGAUAAUAGAGUUGAUGUCUUUACUGCAGUUAGACAAAUUCAAGUUCGUAGACCAGCUUUUUGCUCCAGUCUUGAAGAGUAUGAACUUGUCAUCAAAGCUGUGCAUGAUCACAUUCAGCGAGGCACUGAAAACAUCUACUCUAAUCAAUAAUCAGGCAAUGUGGAGAGCUAGAAGCAAAGGAAUCGGAGGCUGUUUUCCCACCGAUAAAAUGAAAAUUCAUAUAAAAAAAGUUCCAUGGAUUUAUGUUGUAGUUGAUCAUUAACACUUUCUAUGAUUUUAUAUAUUAAUUUUGAUUUUUAUAUGCACAAAAUCUCUAUAGAAACAGGAAAUAAAGACAGUGACUUUAAA